AUGAUUCAAGAAGUUUUACUUUAAACUGAAGUAAAUGAUAACCCAAAAAUUUAAUAUUUUACCCUUGAUUAAAAUGUUUAAAUUCAUUAAACAAACAUCAAAUCUUUUUUAAAAGUGGUACUAAAUUACAUUUACAAUUUCAAGGAUAAUACAUUAUAUCUUUUAGAUGUAAAAAAUUAAGAGUAUGAAUAUUAGUUGUACUAAAUUUAAAUUAAUACAAUCUUAAAUGUUGUAGCAUUUGAAAAUUCUGAUAAAUAUCUCCUAUUGUAAUCUGUAAAUGGAGACUAAUUUUCUAUAUUUGAUUUGAUAUCAAAAUCUCAUAUAACUAUUAAUUCAUAUAUGAAAAAUAUAAGAUAGAUAUAUGAUGGAAUUUUUUUAUUCUAUGAUGGGUUACAAAAUAAAGUCAAUAAAAUAGAUUUAAAUUUGAAAUCAACUAAACUUCUUUUUGAUAGCGAAUUUAAGUUUUGGGAUGACAAUAAUUAAAAUUAUAACUUAGCACUUUACUAAAAUGAGAGCUUUUUAAUUUAGGAUUUAGAAUUUGGAGAAUAGUUUUUAAUUCCAAGUAAGAAUUAAAAAUUUUUUAAAAAUUUAUAUUUACAAUAAUUUAAAAUUAUAAAAUAGAUAUUUAUUUAUCUGAUACUUCAAAGAUAAGCAAUCAAUCAUUUUUAAGGUUUAUGA